AGAGCAAGCAUCUCAUGCAGGGAUGCAGCAAGCGUCUGAUUGGCUGCAUAUAUACACGACAUCAGAGCUGGAGAAAGCAGAGAGGAGAGGAAACACUGCGACGCAAGGAGGGACCCCAGCAUCUCACUUCUCACUUCUGAGCUUCUCCUGCUGGGAUAAAUCCCCUGAAUGUAGGCGCUUGACAUCUCCACAUCUAUUUCCAAAGCAGCGCUCCUCCUCUAGUCUCUUUAGCCAUGAACUACCUGCGCCGGCGUCUGUCGGACAGCACCUUUAUCUCCAACCUGCCUAAUGGCUACAUGUCAGACCUGCAAAAACCUGAUCCUCCUCAGCCUCCCCCUCCCGGACCAGCCUCAGGACCAGCUCCAGAGUCCCCGGGCCAGGAGAGAAACCCCAUCCAACCCCAGCCUCUGGGCACGGGAUUCUUCAGCUCCAUCACCAGUGUGGUGAAGCAGACAGCCGCCUCAGCAGGGCUGGUGGAGCAAAUGCCUGUGCCUGCAUCAUCCAAGAGACACAAGCUCCUGCUGGUCAUCGAUGAACCACAACAGGACUGGACCAAACUCUUUAGAGGGAAAAAACUGAAUGGAGAUUAUGAUAUUAAAGUUGAACAGGCUGAGUUUAGUGACAUCAGUGUCGUGGCUCAUGCUAAUGGAUCAUAUAACGUGACUGUGCAGGUUUUGCAGAAUGAAAACAAAGUUGUCAGGUCAUUUAAGCCUGACUUUGUCCUGAUCCGACAGCAUGCUUACAGCAUGGCAGAGAAUGAAGACUUCCGUAACUUAGUCAUCGGACUGCAGUACGCCGGCAUUCCUAGCAUCAACUCCCUGGAGUCCAUUUACAACCUCUGUGACAAACCCUGGGCAUUUGCAUGUCUGAUCAGCACAUGCAAGAAACUUGGACAGGAGAAAUUCCCAUUAAUUGAACAGACGUUCUAUCCCAACUAUAAAGAAAUGGUGACCAUGCCGGCAUUCCCUGUUGUCGUGAAAAUUGGGCACGCUCACUCUGGUGUGGGGAAGGUGAAAGUGGAGAACCACACAAAGUUUCAGGACAUAGCGAGUGUGGUGGCCAUCACUCAGACCUACAGCACAUGUGAACCAUUCAUCGAAGCCAAAUACGACAUCAGGAUUCAGAAAAUAGGAAAUGAUUACAAAGCUUACGUGAGGACCUCAGUCUCAGGUAACUGGAAGUCCAGCACUGGCACUGCCAUGGUGGAGCAGGUGGCUAUGACCGACAGGUAUAAGCUUUGGGUUGACACCUGCAGUGAAAUAUUUGGAGGCCUCGAAAUUUGUGCCGUUAAAGCUAUUCAUGGAAAAGAUGGAAAAGAUUACAUUACUGAGGUAAUGGGUUCAUCUAUGCCAUUAGUGGGAGACCAUCAGGCUGAGGACCAGCAGCUAAUAGCAGACAUGGUCAUUGCCAAAUUGAAUCAUGUUAUGGCACAAAAUCCCAAAAGACCAACUGCUAUUCAACCAAGAAAGAAUGCUGUUGAGAAGGAUGCUGUGGUUGAAGUAAAGCACGGCCCACCACAGAAAGCUCCUCCACAAGGCUGUUUGCAGUACAUUCUUGACUGCAAUGGUGUUGCUGUGGGACCAAAAUUAGUGCAGGCAAACUAAUACAACCAUGAAAGCUCGAAGCAUUUAAACUCCCGACAGGUUGUGUUCAAACAUUCAGACAGUGACCUGAGGUGCAAGGGAACAAAUAAUCUGUAAGAAAAGUCUUCAUUUGGGCCUGAUCGGUAUUUCAGGCUGUACUGUGUUACUUUCACUGUUCUGCGCUUGUGAUGGUUGCUUUGUUUCUAUGUGAAGCUGUUGUCUCUUCAGGGUUGUUGUGUGUGGUGAUACAGCAGAUCGUGCCUAGUGUUCAGUGUCACUCUUUCCUUGUACUUAUUUUUUUCUUGUUUUAUGUCUUGUGUUAUGUUUCAGUAUAUGGUGUUCAAAGAGUCACUGUGUGUGUAUGUGUGUGUGUGUGUGUGUGUGUGUACCUGGUAUUCCCUGUGGUAAAGGGGACCAAAAGUCACCACAAGGAUAGUAAUACCAGUAAAUUUUGACCUUGUGG